AUGUCGAUGCAGUCGCUGGCCAAUGCGGCCUACAUGACGUACUUCCUGGCGGCCAAGUCCGUGCCCGUCGUGGCCGUGGGCUCGUCCAUCGUAUUCGCCAUAUCCCCGUGGCCUACCGUCGCCACCAUCCGCCGCGCGCGCAGCACGCUGCAGUUCUCGUUCGCGCCGUUCUUCUUCUACUUCGUGCAGAGCGUCAUCUACACGCUGUAUGGCUGGACGACGAGCAACCCCGUGGUGGGCGGGACCUCGCUGCUGGGCGCCGUGCUGGGCUCGUACUACGUGCUCGUGUUCUACAAGUACGCGCGCGACAGGACGCAGGCCACGAGGAUGCUGACGUCGGCCAUGCUGGUGAUCCUGCUGCUGGCGCACCAGGUCGUCACGCGCUCGCCCGAGGAGACGCAGAUGCUCACGGGCAUCCCGGCCAACAUCCUGUCGGUGUUCACGGCCGCGUCGCCGUUGCUGCAGGUCAAAAGCAUCUUGCGCCGUAAGGACGCGUCCUGCCUGCCUCUGGGCAUGUCAGCCAUGAACGUCGUGGCCGGCACGAUUUGGAUGAUCUACGGCAUCAUGCUCGGCGACCCGCUGGUCAUCUGCCCCAACCUGUUCGCGCUCACCAUGGGCUCGAUUCAGGUGUCGCUCAUCCUGCUCUACCCGGGAGGCAAGGACAGCGGCGCUGCCGAGCCGAAGGCCAAGGCGUCGCCUCCGACCAAGCCGGCGAAGAAGAACUUGAGCCCUCGCAACAGGAAGAAAGUCGAGCACCCGGAGUGA